UUAUAAAUACCUUCAAACACUUUUAUUUUCCUUUCAAAAACACAACAAACAAAACCAUGGAUUGGUUUUCUUGGCUGUCAAAAACAGAGCUAGAGCCAUCUCUUGUUUAUGAAUAUGGUCUAGCAUUUGCUCAUAACGAGCUAGAACAAGACGAUAUCGCGUAUUUCAAUCAUGAGUUCCUUCAAAGCAUGGGCAUUUCAAUAGCCAAACACAGGCUAGAAAUCCUCAAACUUGCCAAGAAGGAACGAGGAAAUGUUCCGAAUUCAAUGUCAAAGUUUCUCCUGGUAAUGAAACGUACAAAGAAACGUUUUUCAAAGUAUUUUAGGACGUGGAUUCAUCGCGAUGAAUCAGCACUUGCACUUGUGUCAAGAAGAAGUUAUAGUUCAAGAAUUUGGAAGAGGACAAAAAUGAUGAAGAGGAACAAGAGUGCUGUGGCACCAGCAAAACAGAGUAGUAGAAGUAGUACUUUGCUGCUUACAAAUGGUAGUCCAAUAUUUAUGUCGAGUUCAUUAAGAAUGGAUAGUUUUUCGAGCGCGAUGGUUCAUGAGAAGAUGGAGAUUGAUUGUGGUGAUUAUUGGGGUUCCUCUGUAGUUGAAGAGAUCAAGUGGGAUUCAAUGUUUCAAAAUAUGAAACCAACUUGAAUUUUCUCUUUCUCUUGUUUUUGGUUAUGUAAGAUAGCUUUAAUUGGUGAGAGAUGACUUUUUGGUUCUUUCACCAAAUUUUCAAGAUUUGGUUUGGUUGGGUGUUUUAGUUAGUGCUUUUGUGUUGGUGGUGGGGAUAAAAGCAGA